AUGGCUUCAUGUGACGCUCAUCGUAUUGUCUUCAUUUCGGCUUCGCAUCUUGUGCACGAAUAUGAAUCGAUUCCAAACGAUGUUCUAGUCACCGCAUUAUUCUUUUUUGGUAGCAAACGUAGUUGGAUUUUUCCCAUCACUGACGACGAUAAAGCUGAAUCAUCCAUGCAACCAACACGAUAUCUCACCUUUCCAGACGUAUUCAAGGAACUUAUUCUAAGCAAAGAAGCUCGCAAUGAAGUAUUUUGGUUGAAACCAGAGUGUUCAUAUGAACAAGUGAGUAUUUGGCUACAAUCACUGGGCUAUAAAGGACUUCAACUUGAUGAUACCUAUUGGCCUACACAACCUCAUGGCAAUGAGGUUGUGAACAACUACACCACUGGUGAGCACGACUAUCAAGCAGUAAUCGAACUUGUCAAUCAAUCAAAUUCGGGUCGACUGAUCGCAGUACUACAGUACGCUGAUUCACUUCUAAAGAAGGAUUAA